AUGAAAAGUCUUUUGUGCCUUUCAUUAAUAGUUACUCUUGGCUUCGCUAAAAUUUCAAGGGCUCCUUACUUUUACAACUAAUCAAGACCAUUAGUGAUUGCUCAUCGAGGAUCUAGUGGGUCUUAUCCUGAGCAUUCAAUAGGGGCAUAUACAGCUGCCUACAUUUAUGGAGCCGAUUAUGUAGAGCUAGAUCUCUAGAUAACUAAAGACGGCCAUAUUGUAACAAAUCACGACCCUUGUUUAAAGGACACGACAAAUGUUGAAGAUUAUGAAUUCAUGUUUGGGCAUAGAUAAUAGAAUUACACUUUCAUGCCUUACACUAACCAUUACAAGAAUGACUAUCUCAUUCAUGACUUUACUCUUGCUGAACUCAAAAUGUUAAGAAGAAAGAUGAGAUAUGCAAAUAGAAACUAAUAUCUCAAUGGUCAGUUCUAGAUCAUGACUUUAGAGGAAACUAUUGAACUGCUCUUAGAGCUGAAUUAGAAUCAGCCAAGAGGGGACAUUUCUAUGCCAGUUGGACUCUAUGUUGAGACUAAAAUGUAUAACUUCUAUCUUGACAACUUUGGGCAAGAUCUCUCACAGAUGCUGUUCGAUACAUUGAAAAAGUAUGGUAUUGAAACUAUAGAUAAGUCAGCUUCAAAAUUACCCAUGAUCAUUGAGUGCUUUGAACCAGAGGCAUUAAUUAAGUUUGGUUAAAUUUCUGAUUUACCUCUAGUGCAGCUUAUGUUCUGGCAAAAUGAUUAUGUUAAUUACAAUUUUACUCUCAUAUCUGAGUAUGCUCAUGCUGUAGGACCUCAACAAGAAUGGCUAUUCUUAUAUGAUAACUCAACUGCAUGGAAUACCACUAAUGAAUCAAAGUUUAUAGAAAUGUGUCAUGACUUAGGACUAGCUGUUCAUCCCUAUCCUUUAAAGGACGACUUUUUAGUAUGGUCAAAUCCCCCGAAUCCAAUCGAAGAGCACAAAAUUUUUGUAAAUAAAAAAAUCGAUGGAAUCUUCACUGAAUUUCCACACAUGACUCAUUCAGUGUUUAAUGAUUACAAAUCUCAAAACUAAUUCCCAGAGAGCUUCAUCUCAAUUUAACAUAAAAAUAACGAGUAGUACUUUUUAAGAAAUGAUAUUUGA